AUAUUCGAUUGUUCAUUUGGCCACCAUAUUGGAUUCUCAGUUCCAAGUUGUGAAAAGUAUCGACACAUGGAAGACAUUAGGGACUUGAUUGGAUUCAACGUUGAUGACGGUUAUAUUGAAGCGCUCGUUCGUGGUUAUAAGAGCUCGUUGCUUUCUUCCGUAGACUAUGUCAACUUGACACAAUGUGAGACUUUGGAGGAUGUCCGUAUGCACCUAAACGGAACAGAAUAUUCAGUGGUGUUACAAGACGAACCUAGUCCGCUCACCGCUUCGAUAAUUGCGGAAAAGUGUUCCGUCAAGUUAGUGUCGGAUUUUCAAUAUAUUCGUUCGCAAAGUACAAACCCUCUUACGAAAUUUUUGGACUACUUGACUUAUCCAUACAUGAUCGAUAACUUGGUGUUGCUGGUGACAGGAACUUUGCACGAGAGGGAUAUUGGGGAGCUUCUAGAAAAGUGCAACACUCUUGGUAGUUUUCCAGCGAUGUCAACUCUGUCAAUUGUGUCUACACCUGAAGAGCUUUAUCGGGAAAUCUUAGUUGACACGCCACUGGCACCCUAUUUUGCGGAAUGUGUAUCUUUUGAUGACUUGACAGAAACGAACAUUGAAAUUAUUCGCAAUAUUCUAUACAAGGCCUAUCUUGAAGAUUUCUAUCAAUUUUGUUGCAGUCUUGGUGGAACCACAGAGAAAAUCAUGUGCGAAAUCUUGCAGUUUGAAGCUGACAGAAGAAUUAUCAAUAUUACUUUGAACUCUUUAGGAUCCAAGUUAAGUCGAGAGGCAAGAGAAAACUUGUACCCUUCCAUUGGAAGCCUCGUUCCUGAGGGUACAUUGAAACUCUCUCGAGCAGAAGAUGUACAGUCAGUGAACUCUGUUUUGGAAUCGUAUGAUCUAUUUCGUCGUCUUCUCCAGUAUUCUACGGAUAGUCCCGGGAAAUCGCUCGAAGAUUCUUUUAUAGAAUACGAGGUUCAAUUAUCGAAGAAAACUUUCGAACAGCAAUUUCAUUACGGCGUUUUCUAUGGAUUUUUAAAACUUAGAGAACAAGAAAUUCGUAAUAUUUUAUGGAUUUGUGAAUGCAUUAGUCAAAGGCAUCGUACCGGAAUAGGCAACUACGUGACCAUAUUUUAAAGAAAAUUGUAUUGGAUAGCCUACCAGAAACAUCUACAAGGAAUUAUACAAAGGUAUAAUAAGUUCAUGGUAAAGAACCUCUCAAACUUUGUCGUAACAAUAAAAUUUAUAAAAUGAGC